AUGAGAUGUGAUGAAUUGCCCACUUGGAUACAAUUGAGAGAUUAUUUAGAAUACAGAUUCCGCUCCUUAGAGAUGAUAGAUACGAACGCAAAACGUGACGUGCAACAAGCUAAACCUGCCCUUAAAUCAAAAUUAUUUCAUGCAUCAAUAGAGAAGGAUAGGGAAAAAGAGAACAAAUCUAAGGCUAAACAAGAGUGCCCGAUGUGCCACGAAAAUCAUUUUAUCAACCAGUGCAAUCGUUUUAGUCUUAUGAAACCUAAGGAAAGACAGGAGUUCGUACAAACAGCUAAACUAUGUUUUAAUUGUCUGGCACCGACUCAUGCGGUCGUUAAGUGUCGUCAACCAUUCAGAUGUAAAAAAUGUGGAAGAAGACAUCACACGAUGUUACACUUUGAAAGAGGUAACCAGGAGACAACCAGUAGCCAAGAGCAAACAAAGGUAGUGUCAUCGAUCGAACCACAACAUGAGAGAGCGAGUACAUCACGAGGUGAUACAAACGUAACUGCUACAUUUUCCAGAGGGGAGCUACAACCCAACAGCGUGCUGCUUGCGACGGCUAAGGUUAAGGUAUUCCAUUCUAACGGUUUUAAGUAUAUUAUUCGUGCUUUAAUUGACCAAGGGUCUCAGGCAUCUUUUGUAUCUGAGUCUACUGUGCAAUUAUUAGGUCUUGUACGUAAACCAGUGAGUGGCUGGGUGUCAGGGCUAGGAGAUGGUCGUAUGAGAAUUAAAUACACGGUUUUACUUCGCCUGGAAUCACGUCAUAAUCCUAAUAGUUAUAUUCAAGUUAACGCUUAUGUGUUGCAUUCUUUAACAUCACUUUUACCUUCAACUAAUUUGAGCACACCCAAAUGGGUGGAAAUGGACAACCUACCUUUAGCAGAUCCUACAUACGCUGUGCCAGGUAAAAUUGAUAUAUUAUUAGGUGCUGAGGUUUAUAAUGAAAUACUACUUGAUGGUGUUAUUAAGCAUCCUGAUUGUAAUGUAAUAGCCCAAAAUACAUUGUGUGGAUGGAUUUUGUCUGAAAAAAUGUCAAAAGGACCUCGAGCCUUAGGAAAGGAUAAUUUUAUUAGCAUGCAUUUACAAAUAAAAGAGGAUGAAUUACUUAAGAAGUUUUGGGAGAUGGAAGAUGAGCCUAAUUUAAUAAAUAAAGAGAUGACUGAUAGCGAGAAAGUAUGUGAGGAUUUGUUUAAUUCAACUACAGUAAGAGAUAAUGAAGGUAGAUUCAUAGUGAGGUUACCCUUUGCAACGGAAAAUCCGAAAUGUCAGUAUGGCAAUACAGAAGAGAGGGCGAUAAAAAGGUUAGAAUAUUUAGAGAGAAAACUAUCGAAAGAUUUAAAGUUGAGAGAAGAAUAUAAUAAGGUUAUGAGUGAGUACUUGAGUAUGAAUCAUAUGAGAUUGGUUUCUGAGAGUGAAUUACAGAAUCCUAAAGCUGUCUAUCUUCCUCACCAUGGUGUGGUGAGAGAAGAUUAA